UAUAGUGGACCCUCUUAUCCUACGCGCAGCAUGUGUACGUUAGAGAAGCGUGGAAGUAUUUUCUUCCUCACGCUAACCGGCGCCUCCAAGAAAGACCAGGAGCACCGCCUCAACCCUACGCUCAUCGCCGCCAUCCGCGCGGCGCUAUCCGAAGUCAGAUCGCAAGCCGUCCCCGGAUCGGCGCUCGUCACUCAAGCCGAAGGCCGAUUCUUCUCCAACGGCUUCGACCUCCGCCACGCGCAGGCCGUCGCCGCUGACGCGGCGGCGGCGGAGGUCAUCAACAUGGUGAAUCUGUUCCGAGGCGUCGUCUCCGACCUCCUCUCGCUCCCUAUGCCGACCGUCGCCGCCGUGACCGGACAUGCGGCGGCGGCAGGGCUGAUCCUCGCGAUUAGCCACGACUACGUCGUGAUGACGAAAUCGAGAGCGGUGCUGUAUCUGAGCGAGCUCGAUAUCGGCAUGAGCCUGCCGGAUUACUUCACGGCUCUGAUCAAGGGGAAAGUAGGCUCCAGCGCAGCGAGGCGGGGAUUGGCGCUCCGCGCGGCGAAGAUCGGGGCCGAUGCGGCGUACGAUUCCGUGGAGGAGAUGGCGGCUGCGGCGGUGCAGACGGCGGAGGAAUUGGGGAAGAAGGAGUGGAGCGGCGAAGCGUACGCGGAGAUUAGGAAGUCUCUGUAUCCAGAUGUUUGCGGUUUGUUAGGAUUGGAAGAGAAGACUGUGUUUCCAUCUAAGCUUUGACAAGACUCUGAAAAUUAAAUACAGCGGGGCUGGAUAAUAUCUUUUACGGAGUACUAUCUUUUACCCGUAUCUUUUUGAAUUAAUAUACACGCUAUUAGUA